CUGGUGCGAUAGGAAGGCACAGACAGCAUGGGCACACGCUGAUUUGAAAGUCAUGAGCGAAAAAAUCCACAGAGGCUCCUUCUAACCGAAGCGGACGCCUCUGCUUGGCGGUAACGCUGAUGUUAAACAGGGUCCAAUAAUGUUUUAGUGGAUAUCACCAACUUUCGACAACGUCGUGACUUUGGUUUUACUCGAAGAAGGAGAAAAAGGAGAAGCUGAAGAGAGAGAGAGAGGGAAAAAGAAAGCUGUGUCCUCUAAUGGGCUCGCGGCUCCUGACCAUAAUGAACCGGACAGGUGUGCUGGCAGGUUAAUUAAUUGCUACGUUUUGUUUUGAAGUAGCACCAGAAGGCGACGCAAUGGAGAAGAAAGACUUUGUGGUGUCCCAAAGCGGCGAGAGCCAGUCAUCGUCGGGCUCCCAAACCUUGUCUGAGGGGGAAGAAAUGACGGCUGCUCUGGGCAUUAAAGUUUAUGGUGAUGGCGAAGACAGGCUCAGCUUGCACUUUGAAAAUGUGGACGAGGUGGAGGACGGCAGAAAUGUGGAAUCUGACAAGGAGACCCCAGGAGAUGGGGAAGAAGACGAAGAGGAAGGAGAGGAAGACGAAAAGUUUGACAACAUCCUCUACCCACCCUCCACAUACCUCAGGAAGUCCAGUAACCCAGAGCUGACACAUGGGUUAAGUCCUGCACUCAAAUUUAAACGACAUCUCAGUGAGGAUGGAAGAAACAUUAGAAGGAGGAGCCUUGGAGGUGGACUCACAGGAAAGUAUCUCCUGCUACCCACUAACCUUCAGCAGACAGCUGGGCAGGCGUCAUCUGAGAUGUCUAACCUGGUUCGAAUGCAUUCCCUGAACCUUGGAAAGUCAGACCCCUCGCUCACCUCCAGCGUGAAGGAGCUGAGUCUUCCCAGAAGAGGCAGUUUCCUCACUCCCAGAAGCUUGAGCCCUACUCCCACUAGCCCUUGCAGUCCGUGCAGCCCACUGCACGCUUUUCAUUUCUGGAGUUGCAGAACGAGCAACAGAAAAAGCCUGAUAGGAAGUGGCCAGUCUUCAGGUUUACCACGACCCCAUUCCCCUCUCUCAUCUCUCACAGGAACAAGCCCACAAGACAGUCCUAGAAACUUCUCUCCUAGUGCCUCUGCUCAUUUCUCGUUUGCACGAAGGACUGAUGGUCGUCGCUGGUCAUUGGCCUCCCUUCCCUCCUCUGGAUAUGGAACCAACACACCGAGCUCCACUGUCUCUUCAUCCUGUUCAUCACAGGAGAAGCUGCAUCAGCUGCCCUUCCAACCUACGCCUGAUGAACUGCACUUCCUCUCCAAACAUUUCUGCACUGAGAGUAUCUCGGGGGAUGAAUGCCGCAGAGCGACGGCCAUGCGACCCCGCUCACGCAGUCUCAGCCCUGGGAGAUCUCCGUCCUGUUACGAUCACGAAAUUAUUAUGAUGAAUCACGUCUACAAGGAGCGGUUCCCUAAAGCCACAGCUCAGAUGGAGGAAAGGAUUCAGGAGAUCAUCCGCAGCAACUCUCCUGAGACCGUCCUCCCCUUGGCAGAUGGUGUGCUUGGCUUCGCCCAUCACCAGAUAAUUGAACUGGCCCGCGACUGCCUGGAAAAGAGUCGGCUGGGACUCAUCACCUCCAGCUACUUCUGCGAACUCACUGACAAGCUGGAGAGGCUUGUACAAGAGUCCACAGAGAGGUCAGAAAGCGAGGAGGUAAACUUCAUCAGAGAGCUGGUAAAGAAGAUCCUUAUAGUGAUAGCCCGACCUGCUCGGCUGCUGGAAUGUCUGGAGUUUGACCCAGAGGAAUUUUACCACCUUCUGGAAGCUGCUGAAGGACACGCUAAAGAAGGCCAGGGCAUCAAAACAGACAUUCCUCGUUACAUCAUCAGCCAGCUGGGACUCACACGAGAUCCUCUGGAAGAAAUCGCUCAGCUGACCAGCAGUGACAGCGGAAUUGCAGAAACUCCAGAAACAGAUGACUCUUCUCAGAGUUUCAGCACGGCCUUGCGGUCCCGGCGGAAACCCUGUGAGCUGGACUUUGAAAUGAUAAAACUCAUCAGCAACGGUGCCUAUGGAGCUGUUUAUCUGGUGCGGCACAAGGAAACUAAGCAGAGGUUUGCCAUGAAAAAGAUCAACAAGCAGAAUCUGAUGUUAAGGAAUCAGAUACAGCAGGCCUUUGUGGAGAGGGAUAUCCUCACCUUUGCUGAAAACCCUUUUGUUGUGUCCAUGUACUGCUCCUUUGAAACACGGAGGCACCUGUGCAUGGUUAUGGAAUAUGUUGAAGGAGGAGACUGUGCCACCCUGCUGAAGAACAUGGGUCCCCUACCUGUGGACAUGGCCAGGAUGUACUUUGCAGAGACAGUACUGGCUUUGGAGUAUCUACACAACUAUGGCAUUGUUCACAGGGACCUCAAACCUGACAAUCUGCUGGUGACCUCAAUGGGGCACAUUAAGCUGACAGAUUUUGGUCUUUCCAAAGUCGGGCUGAUGAACAUGACCACCAACCUGUACGAGGGACACAUAGAGAAGGAUGCCAGGGAGUUCUCUGAUAAGCAGGUAUGCGGCACCCCAGAGUAUAUCGCUCCAGAGGUGAUCCUGAGACAAGGCUAUGGAAAGCCAGUGGACUGGUGGGCUAUGGGCAUCAUCCUGUAUGAGUUUCUUGUGGGCUGUGUGCCUUUUUUUGGAGACACACCGGAGGAGCUGUUCGGACAGGUCAUCAGCGAUGAGAUCAACUGGCCAGAUGGGGAUGAGGCUCCACCUCCUGACGCUCAGGAGCUCAUCACCUUGCUGCUGCGACAGAAUCCCCUGGAAAGGCUGGGCACAGGUGGAGCGGCCGAAGUGAAGCAGCAUCAGUUUUUUCACAACCUAGACUGGAACGGCCUGUUGAGACAGAAGGCCGAAUUCAUCCCUCAGCUGGAGUCCGAGGAUGACACGAGUUACUUCGACACUCGCUCUGAGAAAUACCAUCAUCUGGAGACAGAGGAAGAGGACACAAAUGAUGAAGACUUCAAUGUGGACCUGCGGCAGUUUUCCUCUUGUUCUCACAGAUUCUCUAAGGUUUACAGCAGUCUGGAUUUGUCCCGUGGGCAUCUGGAGGAGAAGGGAGAGACUGAGGAGAAGAAGACCGAGAGCCCGCUGACUGUGGACUCUCUCAGCUGGACGCCAGACUUCGCUGAAGCACCCUCGCUGUCUCACUCGACAGACACAGACAGUAUGAAUCAGGGUCCUCGCCCCAGUUUGCUACCAAAGUUUGCCAUCUCAGCUGAAAGUGAAGGGGACGAGACAUCAGGCAUCGGCGAUCCCAGCAAAGCCUCGUUCUCCAUCGGGGAGUUUCCACAGGACGAGCCUGAAGCUACCACUCCGGGCAGCACGCACAGCGGGGCCACGCUCUCUGGGAGUUUCUCAGAACAUUUGGACCAGCUGACACCCAGGGGAGAGGGUGUGGAGAGCCCUGACAGCACCAGUCACACCUCUGCUGACCAUGGACCUCCGUCGACCUCUCUGCGACCUGAGAGUGCUGUAGAGAAGAGCGGAGCCCUGCCAAAAGUCCCAAAGUCUGUGUCAACUGGUGCCCUUUCCCUUAUGAUCCCUGGAGAUGUCUUUGGAGUGUCUCCGCUGGCCAGUCCCCUUUCUCCUUACUCCCUCUCCUCAGACCCUUCCUCAAGAGACUCCUCUCCGAGCCGAGACUCCUCCCUCUGUCCCUCCAACCCACGGCAGCCCGUCGUCAUCCACAGUUCUGGGAAGAAGUUUGGUUUCACGCUGAGGGCAAUCCGGGUGUACGCUUGUGACAGUGACAUCUACACCGUCUAUCACAUGGUCUGGAACGUAGAAGAUGGUGGGCCUGCACAUAAAGCAGGACUCAAAGCUGGAGACCUCAUUACUCAUGUGAAUGGAGAGCCGGUUCACGGUCUUGUCCAUACCGAAGUGGUGGAGCUCCUGCUCAAGAGUGGCAGCAAAGUGGCCAUCUCUACAACCCCCUUUGAAAAUACUUCAAUAAAAACUGGACCUGCCAGAAGGAACAGCUACAGGAGCAAGAUGGUCAGAUGUGGCAAAAAGCCCAAGAAGGAGAAGACGCCAGAAAGAGGGCAGACAGAUGGCACUGAGGGACUCACUGAAAAUCUGACGAUCCUACAGAUUCAGUGGGUUGUUUUCCAUCUUAAACAGUUAAGAGUACCUGGCACUGUGCAGAGCAGCUACACAUGUAAAAAGCGGCGCUCCCUUUUCAGACGCUUUGCCAUGCAGCCUUCUCCUCUUCUGCAUACGAGCCGCAGCUUUUCCUCCCUGAACCACUCGCUGUCAUCUGGUGAGAGUCUCCCCGGCUCCCCUACCCACAGUCUCUCCCCUCGUUCCCCUACUGCCGCCUUCCGCCCUGCACCAGAUUUCACCCAGUCAGGUGGCAACUCGUCCCAGAGCAGCUCUCCCAGCUCCAGUGCUCCCAACUCCCCUGCCGGCUCAGGCCACAUUCGGCCCAGCACCCUGCAUGGCCUCGGCCCCAAACUGCCAGGUCAGAGGCUUCGUCAGGGUCGACGCAAGUCUGCCGGUAGCAUCCCCCUCUCUCCACUGGCUCGCACGCCUUCACCUACUCCCCAGCCAACAUCUCCCCAGCGCUCACCCCCUCCCCUUCUCAGUGGACACUCUGUUGCCAUUUCCAAAACAACCCAGGCUUUUCCAGCCAAGAUUCAUUCCCCACCCACAAUUGUGAGACACAUUGUCCGCCCCAAGAGUGCUGAGCCGCCUCGCUCACCUCUCCUAAAGCGAGUUCAGUCUGAAGAAAAGCUGUCUCCUUCUUACACAGGAGAAAAGAAGCACCUGUGUCCCAGAAAACGCAGCUUAGAAGUGACCCAAGAAGAGGUGCAGGACGAGGAGGUGAGGACAGGAGAGCGCGAUUUCACCGGCCUGCAGAGUGUGGAUGAAGCAGCCUGUGAGCCACUGACAAUCACUCGCUUACGGCCUGUCGAGCAGGGCUGCCUAAAAAGGCCCAUCAGCCGUAAGAUGGGCCGGCAGGAGUCUAUAGAAGAGCUUGACAAGGAAAAACUGAAGUCCAAGAUGGUUGUGAAACGACAGGAGUGGUCAGAGAGGAGGGAGUCUCUACAGAAGCAAGAUGCUCUUCAUGAGUCCGAUUCAUCGGCACCGUGUGCCAAUGACGGGGACGAAGGCUUUCUGUCCCGAAGCCAAAACAAAGCGCAGAGCAGCCCGGAGUCUGGAACACUGGAGGCUAAAGCUGCUAGUUCAACUCUUAAAGACGUUUUGUAUAAAAAGCUGAGCACACGUGUCAGUGAAGCCAUCACUGAGCCUUCUGGUGCCAGCACUGAAAGUGAUGGAGCGCUGCGAUCGGCUCUGUGUUCUGGUCACCCAGAAUGGCAGCACUCUCGACAGGGUAAAGACGGCAUGAAGCCAGACAGACUGGACUUCAAAGCUCCCAGCAUCGAGUUCACCAGGAAGAGGUUGUCAUUCGAAGAACGAGAAGACUGCAUGUGUCGCUUGACUUCGACCCUCCAUGAGAACCUCCACUUUGGUUCUACGAGAUCAAAGAGCCUUCAGCUGGACACAGCCAUGCCUCACGACCACAUGAAGGCCGGACUGGGAAGCGUCCACUCGAGCCCUGAAGGUCUGGCCCCUAAGCUUUUCUCUGGCAGAGGAGAGAGCGCUGUGGAGAAACUCCAUCUUAUCUCUUCUGCAGAGUCUCCGCUUAGAAAAACAUCAUCUGACUAUAAACUUGAAGGACGCCACGUCUCUUCUCUAAAGCCUCUUGAGGGCACCCUGGACAUUGGUCUGCUCUCUGGACCCAGAGUUUCUAAAACAGAAACUUGUUUGUCCAAGAUGGCAGAGAACACAAGUGACACAGUUUCUGUAAACCCUCCAAUACGACUUCAGAGCCCUACUGAAAGGCAAAUAACCAUCCCCCAAACAAAAACCACAGACAAGAUGAAGAGCCCCCUAACUUGUUCUCGAAGCCCUGAAGCCGUUUCUUCUCUAAACAGCUUUGUUGUCUCCAAGGAGCAAUCAAAUAAUCCAGCAACAGAAAUGAAAGUCAAUGCAAGUGGUGAGAAAACGCAGGAUAGACAAGGCGAGUCAUUGAAGGCCUCGAACAGCAAAGCAGAUCCCUCAACUUUUGGUGUUAAACAAGAAGGAAGGACCGGUAUGAAAGCCAGCCACGAGCACAGAGGCCCUCGACACAGCUCCCACUUCUCCUCCUGUGGAAAAACACCCUCCAUACGGGAAGUGAGCAACGAAGAUCAGGAGGAUGAGGUGGAGCAGCAGGAAGAGAUACCAGACACUACAUCACAAAAUACUGACAGCUCCAAGACAGCAGUCUCUUUGGUAGACUUAAAAACCUCCCCUCCAUUUACAACAUUGGAGGCUCGAGCUGCUAGUAAACCUCUGACUGGGCCACUGAAGCAGAGUGCAGACUCAGUUUUGGAUACAGGUCAACUUCAGAGCUGUGAGAAGAGAAAAACUGCUGCACAGAGCUCAGACGCAACCUCACGACCUGCUUCUGAGGCGAAUGUGCAGACCAACUCUGCAUCGGUACAUGUUCCAGCGAAUGUGCCAAACAUUUGUUCCUCAAAUACAGAACUAGGAGUUUCUGUCUCGGCAUCAGCGUUUGGAGCUGUACCUGACAGUAAAUCAGACCAUAGUGAAACAUCUGUCAGCUCAUCUGUGAAGCUGGUUGGAAAUGCAGGCAGCUCCAAGACUGAAAACAGUGCAAGUUCCACAGCUGCAAAAGUGGAGCAGAAGAAAGAAGUUUGUACGAUAAACAAGGCCACUUCACUGAAUAUUAUUACAGAUGCCACACUGAACAAAAAGCAUAACACUGUGUCUGCUGCUGCAGUACAGGACAGUGGCAUGUCGCUGCAGAAGAAAGACGUUAACAUAUCACCAAAGACGAAGAAUACAGCGGCUGUGAAAGAUUCAGAGCAGCAAUCGCAGAUAUGUCCGUCUGAAAAAUCACAACACAGAUCGUCCGAUGCACAACUUUGCACGUCUGUUGUUAGUGUUAAAGAAAACACUGUGGUCCCUUCAGCAAAGCUCAAAAGUUCAGGUUCGACAGCUACAAGUGAAACUGUUUCGAGUCCCAAAAGCAAGUCGAGGCCUGACCCACAGCCCACGCUGCCCACGUCUGUGAAGAGAGAGAAGGAAGCAAAAACACAAGAGAGCACAGCUCCUCCCGUCCCAGCUGUCAAAGGAAGUCCAAGUUCAAAAGAGAAGGAUUUGCCUAAGGAGUCUGCCCCCUCGACUUCACACGUUCAAGCAACCCACGACGCUAAACGGAAAGAAGCCUUGUCGGUAUCCGCCGGCGAUGGCGCAAAGAGUGAAGACUCUGUGCAAGCUAAGCCCUCGCCCACUCAUGCUGACACGAGGCAGCGAGAAACACAGCCCAAAAUUUCUGCUGCCAUCAAGGAUGUCCCGAACUCAAAGCUGAAAUCUCUCCCUCCUAAAACAUCAUCAGCUCUGAAGCCCGCUGCGGCUCCAGCGAUUAAACAAACUCUUGAUUCCAAACCUAAAGACACUUCACCUAAAAACCACCCCACAGUUAUUAAAGACCCCCGUGACCCCAAAACAAAAGACUGCGCCCUGCCUCUCACUACAUCUCAGCAGCUCAGGAAGGAGCCUCUGCCGCCAUCAGACGUGUCCUCUCAGCCUGACUCACCAGCUGUGCUGCCUAAACUUCCAGCGAAAACAGAACCACCGAGCAGCGCAGACACCUCAGGCAAAGGCUUCAGCUGUGAGCCUGCAGUCAAGAUAUCCAAGGAUGCUCCCAAGUCUGAAGUGGUCAAACCAGACAGUCACAAGCCCCCGGACACCAGAACCACCACCCCAGACAAACCGGCGUCAUCUCUCCGGAAGGAGCAGGGUGAAAGAAAGAAAAAGGAAACUGCUCAAGAAGUCACGCCUGCACAGAAAAACACUAAGAGAGACACUUCCAGGGCUUCUCCAUCUGCAGCUAAAGACCGUUUAGACAGAGACACGAGCAGGUGCAAGCAGCAGAAGGAGUCACCGCGUAGCUCCAGUAACAAAAAGUAAAGAGGAAAGUGAAGAUUUUAAAAAAAUAAAAGAAAAACGUGACUGCUUCAAAGAAUACAGAUAAAGUAAAAAGUUGGGAUUGAUUUGUGCAGUCAUCAUCAUGCCUUCAUUUUUUGUUUAUUUGAGGACCGGGCAAGCUGUUACACGCUGAUAGAGAGGGAAAGUCUGUGUGUGUGUGUGCGUGUGUGUGUGCGUGUGUGUGUGUGUGUGUUUAAUAAGAUUAUUCAUAACAACAUGUUGAUGUUUCUAGGUUUGAAUGUAGGCGAUCAUUUGCCGAUCCUUUCUGAAGUUUUACUUUCAUGUCAAUCGAAUGUUUGGAGGAUUUCUUUCUGUUCGUUGCAGAACGCUUCGUGCAAUCAGCGUGUUUAAGGGGCAACUGGGAGGACACCUGUAAAGGCCGUGAUGUACUGGAGAGUCUGUGCCAUAAGCAGUUUUGAAUUGCACUCUUACUUCUAGACUCGGAGGAUCUGAAGUAUUUUAAUGCAGUAGACCACACAAUUUUGUCGAGCAGUUGUGUUGUUAACGUUCAGUAUGAUCAGAUUCUUUUAAUGUUGGGUUUCGUGCAGUGGUACACAAAAGAAACGCACUAUAUCCUGUGCUUUUCACCUAAAACCUGAAACAAACUAACUAUAGGAUCGUGGUAGGAUUCUAAAAAUCAUAAAUUAGUGGAGGGGCCUUAGAUAUAUGGGAAAUCAGACUUGCUUGGUUUUUUUUUUGGUUUUUUUUUUUAAGCAAGAUGUGGUGUUUAUUCACAUUCCUCUGGCAUCUUGUACAUAUAUUUUUGAUUUUUAUGCAAUAUAGUGUAAAUAAGAUACCAUUGUAAAACAGGGAUACAUGGGCUUACAUGAUUGUCGUUUGUAUUAUAUGUAUAGAUUUUGCAGUGUCAUGUUUGUAUGCUAAGUAUUAAGAGUAUCAUGUUCUGCUUGUGUGGUCUAAAGUAAGCUACAGCAGUGUGUCUCAUCAAAGGUUUCCUCUUCUGUGUGACUUUCAACAUGUUUUCACAUGUUCCAAAAUGAACUUGAAGAGAGGAGAGGGCAUGAGGGGCUAUUUCUGAAAACAGAGAAAAAAAUGUAGCAUUAUAUAACAAAACUGUGAGGGCUGUCAGCGUUUUUCCAAGAAUGUCUUUGUUGAUGAUGUGUUCACUGGCUGAUUAAGCUCUGAAGAUUGUAAAAUACGGGACAUUGUGUUUGAGAAAGAUGAACCAGCAGUUCUGCGUAGUAAUCACAGCAGUAGAUUUCUAGAAGCCGUGGGCCUCAUUUCUAGGUUACGUCCACGCUAUCGUUAAGGUCACUUGUGCGAGUAAAAAGCGAUCUGAAGCAGUUCAUGUUAAAGUGCUUCACUGUCAGGGUUUCGGUGUUUAGUGCUAGUGUUUUGGAUGCUUCAUAAUGAGCCAGCUUAAAGCUCCACCUGGGCGAAGGUUUUAUGAUGGCUUUGCAUAACAUAGUUCAUGUCUGCUCGAAAGUUUGAGGUCACUUUGAACUGGAUUUUUUUCCUUUGCUUUUUUUAAACAAACGUUAAUGGCAUAUCUGCUCGUUACUGUCUGACCUUGUAUAAUUUUAUCUUGUUCAAACACUACCUGAUCGUGUCGGCAAACCUGAAAACUGUUUCACCGAUCUAAGAAGCAAUACUUUAGAAUGAUGUUUGGAGUAUAAAUGCUGUGGGUUUGAGUCUAAAGAUUAAAAGAACUUUCCUGUGAAACAUGUCACAUUACUGUUGUUCUAAGAAAGGGGGGAAAAAGUGCUACACAGUUUGCUAUUAGAGGUGUCAUUUAAUGAAGCUGCCAUCUGUUUCUCAUGUCCUUUCAUUCAGCUGUAAACGCACUUCUUCUUUUUCGAUUGCCAUUAGAGCCACUUUGCGCUGUUCUGUGAUGAGUCGUACACACAGUUUGUAUGAAAUCUUGUGUUGCCUCAUGAAAUGGAUCAACAUCGAUUUCAGAGGGAAAUUCUUUAAUCAAACCUCCCCAUGCCGACGCUCCAGACAAUCUGCUCGCUAGUAUUGCUCUUUUAACCAGCUGUUUAAAGUGGAAAACGUUUAUUUUCGGUCGGUCUUUCAAAGUGAUAAUGAUCUGCUCUAAUUACGCAAUGUGCCAUAGCUUCCUAAAAUGUGUUUCUGUAUGCAUAUGCAAAUAUUUCCUUAGAUGAUUCAGUUGAUCACAAUGUCAUGUUUAACUGCUCCCAUCAACUCUAAGUGACCACAAACUUUUCAGCUAUGAAUGUGAAUUUCAUGACAGCGUGCUAAUACCGUGGUACUACACACAUAGGCUGUUGUAUAUCCGCAUACACUUGCUACCAUUUACACACUUUUCUAUAUGGUAGAUGCCUUUAAAUUGCAAACCCUAAAUGAAAACCACAAAGUAGCCUAGGACACUAGUAUCAGCAUCAUUAGCUCUGUUGUGCUGGCUGUAUAAAACCAGAUCCACCGUGUUGACCGGACGUCACGGUAUAAAUCUAAAUGUUCCACACGGUAUGUGUCUAAGAGUGAAAGUGAAACCCAAGAUUGACAGCAAAGAUUUUAAUGUUAAAAGAAUCUAAUGUUCAUCUGCAUUAGAUAUUGUAAAAGUAUUGCUAAUGUAUCGUGAGAUAGUAAUAAAUGCACCUUAAUCUUUACCAAUGUUAAGUUCAAAGGGUGAGUACAGCAGAGCGGUUUAUGAAUCCCUCACUUUAGUUUUUUCUCAUUCCCCCGACACUCACUUUUUCCUUUCCUGUGACGACACACGUUUAAAUCUUUAAAGCACAUUCAGUGUUUGUUUACAAAGCGUCAUGGAUGUAUAUUUUGUAUAUUGUUGAUUUGCCAAAUCUGCGUCCUGUGUUACAGAUAAUGUUUCUAGUCGUGUGAGGUUUGCCUCCUUGCCACCAUGAUUUGUUUGUGCAGUAAUCGAUGUCUCUUCACGUCACGUUCUACUCUGUCUGCUCGUCUUUUCAGAUUUCCUUUUCUUUCCUCCUCUGUGCAAAGCUAGUAUUAGAUGAACUUGCUUAUGUUGGUUUGUCUUUUAGAAUAUGUGCAAUAAAAGUGUUUUGAGUUUUGUAUUUUGCCCAAGGAAAGCUCUAUGGAUGUCAUACAUGUUGUAUAUUAAAACAGAUAUUUAUACUUCUAAUGUUGCGUAAUACUGAAAAUAAAAUGGAAUU